AUGUUUAACUGGGUGCAGAAGAAGUUGAGCUGGGGCUCCGACUACCAUCGAGUUUCUAACGGAAAAGCUCCAGAUGUUUUUAUUGACGAGGAUGAAGGGAGACCAAUGACAAAUGGAAAGAGGAGUAACGAAACACUAGGUCACAGUAUGCUUGAUGACAUCCUCGCUAUUGGCACCUUCAAUCAUAGCUAUCGCCGUCCCCUCAACUACUCCACCGAAAAAAAGUAUCUCCAAGAAGAAGUAAAAGAAAAUAACUUGAGAAUGGUGGCAAUGAUACGGUCAGCAGGUACAUUGAUCUCCUCGAGAUACAAUCCUCCCAGCUUGUUGAAGUCCCUUCAAUGCAAAACCUCAAUGGAAGAGAUAGUGGAAGAUGAUCAUAAGCAGAAAACGAUGGAACUGGUGAUGGUAGAGCGGGCCAAAUAUUCAAACUGUGAACUUUUGCAGCCGUUACUAAAGGUGGACCGGGAAACAAGUGAGAGAACAACACUUGCAGAUCUGUUAGCCAUUGAAGCUAGCUUUUCAAGGACUUGUCCGCCGCUGGAAGAAGAAAUUAUUAGAUAGACUCAUUAGAUCGUAGACAAAGCCAAUAAAAAGUCUACACAUUAAUAUUGGAAGUUCGUUAGAAGCAACUUUUAUUGCCACGUCAAG